AUGACCAAUAAUUGUUCUCUCUCGGUGAAAAGAAGGUGGAAGAACAGACGGUAAAGCACAUGAUAGAUAGCAGCUCUCUAUAUCUAUGUUAUGUGCUCUCGAAAUUCGAAUAAGGAAGAUAACGAUUGAUGACGGCGCUGACGGCUUUCUUCUUCAAAUCGAAUGUGUCCAUUCACCCAUCCAUCGGGUCGGGUAUAUCAGCUCAGUCAAUGCUGAGGGCUCUUCAGAGUCGGAUCGAAGCACUGCGGCCGGUGUUUAGUUUAGUAACAUAAAACGAUUUGUUUACGGAAAUCAGAAUAAAAUAAGCGCGAAAGCUUCUCGUUUACUUUCCCAGCGAGUAGUGUUUAUGUGUUGAUCUUUGAACUAUUGGUGGCGCAGCAAAACCGAUGAAGCGUUUCUGUUUGGUCGGUCUGCUGCUGGCGAUUCUCGCCAGCGAAGGCUACUGUCGGCCAGGACCGCACUAUCAGGGCAGUGGAAUACUGGUGCAAAGGCACGACUAUGGACGGAAUCUUAAAGAAAGCAAAUGCGGUUACGAGUCAUGCCCGACUCCAAAGCGGGACAUGCUGAAUGUGCAUCUUGUACCGCACUCCCACGAUGACGUCGGAUGGCUAAAAACCGUGGACCAGUAUUACUACGGCAGUAAAACCAACCACCAGCGGGCCGGCGUGCAGUACAUUCUGGAUUCGGUCGUCGAUGCCCUGCUGCACAAUCCGGAGCGUAAAUUCAUCUACGUCGAGUCGGCGUUCUUCUUCAAAUGGUGGGACGAACAAACAGCCAGCCGUCAGGCCGAGGUCCGAGACCUGAUCGAGCAGGGCCGCCUCUCGUUCGUCGGUGGAGCCUGGAGUAUGAACGAUGAGGCAGCGGCGCACUACCAGAGUUUGAUCGAUCAGUUCAGCUGGGGUUUGCGGCUGCUGAACGACACCUUCGGUGAUUGUGGACGACCUCGUACGGGCUGGCAGAUCGAUCCCUUUGGGCACUCCAAAGAACAGGCUUCGCUGUUCGCCCAGAUGGGCUACGAUGGGAUGUUCUUUGCACGGUUGGAUUGGCGGGAUAAAAACAAGCGGCUGUCGGAGAAAACGGCGGAGAUGAUUUGGAAGGCUAGCACUAACUUGGAUGAUAGUGAGCUCUUUACUUCGGUGCUGUACAACCAUUAUAGUGCUCCGCCGGGAUUCUGCUUCGAUGUUCUGUGUUCGGAUGAACCUUUCAUAGAUGGAGCAUUUAGUGCGGAGAAUAACGUUAGAGAGAGGGUUGAUGCGUUCUUGUAUUUUGUUGGAAAUAUGUCUACGAAGUAUCGUUCUAACAACUUGCUUAUUACAAUGGGAGAUGACUUCAACUACAUGGAUGCUAAUAUGAACUUCAAAAAUAUGGACAAACUUAUUAAAUACACCAAUGCUCGUCAGCAGGACACUAGAGUGAAUGUAUUCUACUCAACACCAACUUGCUAUUUGAAGGCACUACACGACGCCCAGCUAAACUGGCCAGCAAAAACCGACGAUUUCUUCCCGUACGCCUCGGAUCCGCACGCCUACUGGACCGGGUACUUCACUUCUAGGCCAACCUCGAAACGUUACGAACGCAUCGGCAAUCACUUCCUGCAAGUUUGCAAACAGUUAACCGCCCUGGGUCUAUCGCGAAGUGACGACGUAACCUUCCAAGACAAUCUCACCUAUCUGCGGGAAGCGAUCGGAGUAAUGCAGCAUCACGAUGCAAUCACCGGAACGGAGAAGCAGCACGUCGCCGACGAUUACGCUCGGAUGAUCUACACUGCGCUGGAAGCCUGCGGACGGAACACGGAAGCUGCUCUUACCAAUUUGGCUAGUCGCUGCGAUGCGGUCCAAUUACACUAUCAAUCGUGUCAUCAGCUCAAUAUCAGCGUCUGUGAAAUGUCCGAAACUAGACAAACUUUCGUAGUUACACUCUACAACCCGUUAGCUCACGUAAGCCGUCAGUACGUACGCCUACCAAUCAACAGUCGUUACACAGUCAACGACCCCGAGGGUCGGAAACCUCGCUCCCAAGUGGUCCCCAUUCCCAGCCCCGUUUCGGAACUUAAAUUUAGAAAAAGCCUAGCUCAAGAUGAACUCGUCUUCCUAGCAGAGGAAAUUCCACCGAUGGGCUACAAAUCCUUUUACGUUACGGAAAACAAAGACUUCCGCACUGAAAAUGAUGAAAAACCGAACCCACCGGAUGUCACUAGCAUCGGAAAUGAAUAUCUAACGUUGGGUUUCAACGACAACGGCUACCUUAGUACCAUUACCGUCGAAGGUCAAUUCUACCGAUUGCAGCAGGAUUUCCUGUUUUACGAGGGAGCUUACGGUAAUAAUGAGGUAUUCGAAAACCGCUCUUCGGGAGCGUAUAUUUUGCGCCCGAAUGGGACGGAGUCCCCUAUCGGAAGCAAGCUGCAAAUUACCGUCGUUAGGGGUGAUCUCGUUCAGGAGGUUCACCAGGUGUUCAACGAGUGGGUCAGUCAGGUGAUUCGAGUCUAUCAAGGGGAACAACAUGUGGAGUUUGAAUGGUUGGUUGGACCUAUUCCGAUCGAAGACGGUAAAGGAAAGGAAAUCGUUACGCGGUACUAUUCGGAUAUUGCCUCCAAGGGGGUAUUUUGGACCGAUUCCAAUGGACGUGAGAUGAUCCGAAGAGUGCGUGACCAUCGCGAAACGUGGGAUCUGGAGCUGGUGGAACCGGUUGCGGGAAAUUACUACCCGGUGACGACAAACAUUGCCCUGGAAGACGAGAAGCUUAGAAUGGCCGUACUGAAUGAUAGGGCUCAGGGAGGAACGAGCCUGCAGGAUGGCGUACUGGAACUGAUGGUGCACCGAAGGUUGCUGAGAGAUGAUGCGUUCGGCGUUGGGGAAGCACUGAACGAAACUGCCUAUGGCGACGGCUUGGUUGCUCGUGGAAAGCACUACCUCCUGUUUGGACCGAAAGCUUCCAAACCGAAAACCGAAACGCAACAAGCCCGGGAACGGUUCCUGCAAAAUCAGGUUCUUACUCCACCGUGGCUAUUUGUUGCGCAUGCUUCGGACUUGUCCUUCGAUUCGUGGACAACCAACUUUCACAAUACGUAUUCGGCUCUCUCAGUUUCGCUUCCACCAAACGUGAACCUACUGACGUUUGAACCGUGGAAGGGACCGAAAAAUUUCCUCAUACGUUUCGAACAUUUGCUCGAGAAAGGCGAAGAUCCACGCUAUUCACAACCGGUGACAGUCGAUCUCCGGAAGGCAUUUGCAAGCUUCUCAAUCAAAAGCAUUCGUGAAACGACUCUAGCAGGAAACCAGUGGAAAGCGGACAGCACACGUUUGAAGUUUUUCUUCGACCCUCAACCUGCUCCCGUAGGGACGAGUGUUGGUGAAAAUGCGGCGCUGCCGCCGCCACCACCACCGCCACCUCCAGCAGCAAAUGAACUAGAAAUCACACUGAAGCCUAUGGAGAUUAAAACUUUCGUCGUAGAAACGUCGUAGAUACUUUCGAUUGCUUUUAUGGUAUACAAAUGCGUCAAUAAACA